AUGCCGUCAUUAAUCGGAUUCGUUGGCAGUAAUGUUUAUCGUUUUCACCGAAAGCUGAACAACGAAACGUCGUUGCUGACACAUAAAGCAAAAAAACGUUUAUCGGUGGAAAAAAAGGAAGUGAUAUUGCCAGAUAAUAUUUGGUCAAGUAUUUUUGAAUAUUGUUCACCGUUUGAUCUGUAUUCAUGGAGACGAGUCAGUAAAAAUUUCAAACGUUUAAUUGAUCCAAAAUUUAAUAAUAUUCUCUAUUUGGAUGUAUAUCGGGCCGAUAUAGCUGUAGUUGAAGAAACUGCCGAACAAACUGGAGAAUUGUUUUAUCGUCAUCCUAAUGCACAAAUUCUGUUGUACAUUGAUGUCCACUGUUCUACGCUAAUUGUGCACCAACGAUGGACGUCCAAAGAUGUUAAUCGACUAUUUUCGGCAAUCAAAGUUUUUGCAAAAACUGUUCAGACAGUUGUGGUUGACGUAUCAAUCAUGGAGUUAAUCGCCGCCGGGCUUUCUAGUAUGGAUCUUAAUCGAUGGUAUACAUUCCAGUGUUAUUUACAAACCUUUGAUGGCGGUUAUGAGGAAGAUUCGGUACACAUUCAGUGUAUUCCUAGUCAAACAACUAGCCAGUUUUUUCCAAAGCUGAAAGAGUUCUCACUUCGUAUAUCUGAAAAAGACUAUGCGGGUUUGACGCGAAUGUUAGAUUAUCAGGUUACUAAAGAAGCACUAUUCUCCUUAAGUGCUAUACAACUGUUUCGUGUUAUUUUACGCCCAAUUCCGAAUUAUAACGAAAAAUGCGUUUCUAAACGACGCCUUUCAAAACAUCUAAAAAAUUUCAAGAAUUGGAUUGAUGUCGAAAGUCUUCGUGAACGAUACUGCCAGCAGUACACAGCAUGGAGCUGA